CUGGAUUUUGUAAUAACGCGAUUGCAUCGUAUUUACGUUGCAGCUUUAAUGCAAGGGAAGCGUAUCGUUUUGAUUUAAUCCUCAACUGGCCCUCCGUGCCAUGUUACAAAAAAACACGGGCGUUUUUGAGAUAUAGAGCGGAGACACCGGCCAAAAUUUUGCUCCAAGUGUCUGCGGAAGGGAUCCGUCGAGGCUGGCGGAGGGGUGUAAUGAAACAGUCGAGGGAACGACGCAUCUCACGCAGGUUACAUGGAAGCCGGUGAGCGAAGGUGGGACGGAAAGUAAAACAUAAACAAGGCAUUCAGUUAGCCCCCUCUGCCUGCCACCAUCAUGUUGAGGAACAGCUUGAAGAUGCUGCUAAAAGGGGGGAAAACCAACAGGAAGAGUCGUAACAGCAGUGAUGGUGGGAACAAGGGCACCAUAGACAUUCAGACCUCCAGCCUGGAUCCCCUUAACUUCAUUGGACAGGGUAGUAGCAGUACAGACAGUGACUGUGCCUUUGAGAGUGAUUAUGCCGUUCCACCACUUUCCAUGAAUGAGGAACUACAGCACAUUCGUACAAUGGAGGGGGUCUCGCGAUCUCUCCCAUCAUCCCCUCUACUCACCCACCAGAAUGGCAACUCAAGGCUACCACCUGUAAGGAACAUCUUUGACACAGCCACAGGGGGGUUAGGUCCAGAACUAGGCCCCCCUCCCUCUGUGGACGAGGCAUCGAACACGUUGAUGACUCGUCUAGGAUUCCUUUUGGGAGAUAAAGUCAACGAGGGGUCUCAAGGGCAACAGUACAGCAUGGAUGAGUCUGAUGAUGCACAGGGUCUAGGAGCCAGCGGGAGGAUGAGUCCGUGUUCUACCCUGACCAGCAGUACCGCUUCCCCGCCUGCCUGCAGUCCCUGCUCCACGCUCCCCCCUGCAGGUCCGGGACAUCACGUCACCAGCCCAACGUCCACCCUGGAGAGCAGAGACAGCGGCAUUAUUGCCACGCUCACUAGUUACUCUGAGCCUAUGGACAGGAGUGGAAAACAUAGCGAUAGUUCUCGAGGCAGUAGCCUGAAGCUCUGGCACUCACACAGAUCCACCCUGGACUCCAGUCUGUACCGCGUGGAUGAAAACAUGGCCGCCUCAACCUACAGCCUCAACAAGAUCCCUGAACAAAGCUCCACCCAAUAUUCUUCUAACCCCACCCCCCUCUACCUCAUGCCCCGCCCUAACUCAGUGGCAGCCACCAGUUCGGCCCAUUUGGAGGACCUGGCAUACCUGGAUGAGCAAAGACACACCCCGCUACGCACCUCACUGCGAAUGCCCCGUCAAAACAUGGCUAUGGGCCGCUCCGGGCAGGACCUGAGAGCUUCCGCUAACAGUCAUGCCUGGCAGUCUCAGUCACUGCGAUUUGCUCCAUACCGACUGCAGGAUAUAGCUCUGAAGCCCUUGCUUUUCGAGGUGCCCAGCAUUACAAUGGAUUCCGUGUUUACUGGUCGUGAUUGGCUCUUCCAAGAGAUUGACGCCUACUUGCGCACCGCCCACUCUGCCACCAAUCGUGGCGUCGUCCUGGUGGGCAACAUUGGAUACGGCAAGACGGCCAUUAUAUCACGCCUUGUGGCUCUUAGUUGCCAUGGAAACCGCAUGCGACAGAUCGCUUCAGACAGCCCACAAGCUUCACCUAAACAUGGAGACAGUAUACCUCUCACUCAGUCGCAGCCUUCCCAUGGUACACUAGGAGGAAGUUGCCCUGGAACUCCCGAAAUGAAGAGGAGACAGGAGGAGGCGAUGAGGAGGCUUGCCUCACAGGUUGUGGCGUAUCACUACUGCCAAGCAGAUAACGCCUACACCUGUCUGGUGCCCGAGUUCGUACACAACGUGGCAGCGCUGCUGUGCCGUUCACCACAGCUUGCCGCAUACAGAGAACUGCUGUUGAAGGAGCCUCACAUACAGAGCAUGCUCAGUCUGCGGGCUUGUGUCCAAGAUCCGCCCACUGCCUUCAGACGAGGGGUGCUCGAACCUCUGGAUGCACUUUAUAAAGAGAGGAAGAUCACUGCUGAUGAAGACUUCAUCAUCCUCAUUGACGGUCUAAAUGAAGCAGAGUUCCACAAACCAGACUAUGGUGACACGAUCGUCUCUUUUCUCUGUAAAACUAUCAGCAAGUUCCCAGCGUGGCUCAAACUGGUGGUGACUGUCAGAACCUCCUUGCAGGAAAUCACCAAAGCUCUCCCAUUCCACCAAAUGUCUCUUGACGCCCUAGAUGAAAAUGAUGCCAUUGACCAGGAUUUGCAGGGCUACAUCCUGCAUCGCAUCCACAGCAGUGCAGAGAUCCAGAAUAACAUCUCCCUUAAUGGCAAAAUGGACAACACCAGCUUUGGCAAGCUCAGUUCCCAUCUUAAAGCCCUCAGCCAAGGCUCGCUUCUUUACCUAAAGCUUACCUUUGACCUGAUAGAGCGUGGCUACCUGGUCCUCAAAAGCUCCAACUACAAGGUUGUCCCAGUCAGCCUUGCUGAAGUCUACCUUCUGCAAUGUAAUAUGCGCUUCCCGACACAGUCAUCCUUUGAAAGGGCCCUGCCGCUACUCAAUGUGGCCUUGGCCUCGCUGCACCCUCUGACAGACGAACAGAUCUAUCAAGCCAUCAAUGCCGGCUCUCUGAAGGGCACCUUGGAAUGGGAAGACUUUCACCAGAGGAUGGAGAAUUUGUCAGUGUUCCUUGUGAAAAGACGGGAUGGAACACGCAUGUUCGUGCACCCUUCCUUCAGGGAAUGGUUGAUAUGGAGGGAGGAGGGAGAGAAGACCAAGUUUUUGUGCGAUCCCAGGAAUGGCCAUACUCUACUGGCUUUUUGGUUCUCUAGACAAGAAAACAAACUAAACAGACAACAGACAAUUGAGUUGGGCCACCACAUACUUAAAGCACACAUAUUCAAGGGCCUGAGUAAGAAGGUUGGAGUUUCUUCAUCCAUCUUGCAAGGGUUGUGGGUGUCCUACAGUACAGAGAGUUUAUCUACUGCUCUUUCAUCGCUUAGAAACCUUUAUACUCCUAACAUAAAGGUGUCGCGAUUGCUGAUAUUGGGUGGUGCUAAUGUGAACUAUCGUACAGAGGUACUGAACAACGCUCCAGUGUUUUGUGUGCAUGCACAUCUCGGCUACAUGGAUAUGGUGAACCUGUUGCUGGAAUACGGCGCCACUGUAGAUUCUGCAUCCGAGAGCGGCCUCACUCCUCUGGGCUACGCAGCUGCCGCGGGACACCUGGGGAUAGUUACUGCUCUCUGCAAGAGAAAAGCAAAGCUGGAUCACUUAGACAAAAAUGGCCAGUGUGCCCUCGUGCACGCUGCUCUCAGGGGUCACCUGGAGGUGGUGAAGUUUCUAAUUAAGAAUGACUGGGGCUCUGAUGGUCAUCAGACACAACUUCAAACCCCCUCCCCAACUCAGUCCCAGGACACGCCCUCUCCGAUGCAGCCACAAGACUCACUCUCUCCCACAGAGCUCCAGGACACGCCCUCCCCUACCCAGGACACCCCCCAGAAAUCCCAGCCCUCCAGCCCUGAGCAGAUCGUAGAACAGGCUGAUUCAUCACAGACACCAGAGGAGUCAGAGCAGAAGCCAGAGACCAAUUCAGAAGAGCAAGAGGAGACUCGGGAAGAGUCAGAACAGCAGACAGAAGUGCAAGCUAAGCCACAGACAUCACCACAACAUCCGGCCUUCAAUAAGAGUCUUGCAGUACAACAGGCCCUCAUCGCAGCAGCGAGUAUGGGUUAUGCAGAGAUUGUUUCUUAUCUUUUGGAUUUACCUGAGAGGCAUGAAGUGGAUGCUCAAAGUGCUCAGAUUAACAGCUACGAUACCUUAUGGGGUGAAACAGCAUUAUCAGCUGCAGCAGGGCGAGGAAAGCUGGAUGUCUGUCGACUGCUAUUGGAGCUGGGCUCUUCUGUGACCCAACCCAACCGAAGAGGGGUUCUGCCACUUUUUAGUUCUGUGCAUCAAGGGCACUGGCAGAUUGUGGACCUGUUGGUGAGUCAUGGGGCAGAUGUGAAUUUGGCCGAUAAACAGGGGCGUACUCCGCUCAUGAUGGGCGCAUCAGAAGGACAUGUGGACACGGUUGAUUUCCUAUUGGCUCAGGGUGCAAUAAUGGAUUUUACGGAUAAGGAGGGACUCACGGCACUCAGUUGGGCAUGUUUGAAAGGACAUCUGUCUGUCGUUCGCUGCUUGGUGGAAAGGGGCGCGACAGCAGACCAUGCAGAUAAAAAUGGACGAACGCCUCUUGACCUGGCUGCAUUUUAUGGGGACUCAGAUGUGGUGCAGUUUCUGGUGGAUCACGGGGCAUUAAUAGAGCAUGUUGACUACAGUGGGAUGAGACCUUUGGAUCGAGCUGUGGGCUGCAGAAACACCUCAGUAGUGGUUGCUCUUCUAAAGAAAGGAGCCAAAAUUGGAUGCCAGACGCUGCCAAGUCGGCACAAAGGAGGUCCUGCCACCUGGGCAAUGGCAACAUCGAAACCCGACAUCAUGAUUAUUCUUCUGAGUAAACUCUUGGAGGAAGGAGAUGGCUUCUAUAAGAAGGGUAAAGUGAAGGAGGCGGCUCAGCGCUAUCAGUACGCUCUGAAGAAAUUUCCCCGUGAAGGAUUAAGUGAGGACCUGAAGACCUUCAAGGAACUCAAAGUGUCCUUGUUCUUGAACCUGUCUCGCUGCCGGAGGAAAAUGAAUGACUUUGGAAUGGCGGAAGAGUUUGCUACUAAAGCCCUGGAACUGAAGCCUAAGUCAUAUGAAGCAUACUAUGCUAGAGCCCGUGCCAAGCGUAGCAGCAGGCAGUUCAUUGAAGCUCUAGAAGACCUGAGGAACGCUAUGAAGCUGUCUCCAAACAAUCGUGAGAUCCAGCGUCUUCUUCAGCGUGUGGAGGAGGAGUAUAGGCAAAUUACCCAACCAGAGGAACCAGAGCUUGAGCCUCCUCCAUCUCCACCUCCAUCUCCCUUACCAGUAGAAGAAGAUGAGGAGCCCCCUCAUCACACCCCUCCACCAGAGCCAAGGCUAGAUGAUAUGGAACCUGUCCAAGACUUAUUCGAGGAUGAUGACUUCCUGGAACAAGAGCUAGAAUCUGUCUCCAUUGGCCUUGCCACUGACAUUCGCUCAAACGCUUCAAACAUGGCCAUUUUACGUAGUCCACCCCUCUCUCCUGAUCAUCAUGACACCGGCUACCUAUCUGGUGGGCAAGCCUUUGAGUUCCACCCGAGUUCCUCGUCCAUGUCAUCCCCCACCCAUCACAGUUAUCAGUCAACCUCUCCAUGUAUCUCCCCCACACAUCAAAACUCCCACUACCGCCAGAGUCCCCCCCACACCUCACCCGCCCAUCAGUCCUCCUACCGGUUUAGCCCUCCACCCAUGGGCAGUGGAGGCAACCAGGGAAUGGACUACCAGAGUCCUCCACCUUCCCCUCUUCGGCGUGGGGUUCCCUUCAGGGCUAGCCCCCCAGUGGAGAGUGUGUGUUUGUAUCGUUCCCAGUCUGGGUCUCCAGUCCGCUACCAGCAAGAUCCUUUACCUAGCCGACCUAAAUCACCACUGUUAAAGAUGAGCAGCCAGCGCUCCUUCCAGCUCCAGUCACAGCCUUCCCAGAGCUCCCAGUCCAGCCAGCACCACCAGGCCCAAGGCCUUCGUCUUCAGCCCUCUGUGGCACAGAUUGUCCGUACUAAUCAGCCCAGCAACAAUGUGUACAGCCAUUUGCCUCAUCCACUCAACAGCAGGUACCAGGGAAGUUCCAUGGAUAUGGACCGGGAAAGAGAGCGGGAGCCCAGGCUGGUAUACCAACCCUCACUGGAUAGCCGGUCUAUGUCUCAAGUGCAGUCCAGCCUUAAUCUCUGUCAGCACAGUGGUCGAGGUGGGCCUGGUGGAGUUCUAGAAUCAAAUUUAUGCAAGGAUGAAAUCCCUCAACGUCCUGCUUCAGCCUACCGUUCAACAACAGGAGGUCCUGGAGGCAUGCGCUUCAGCCAAACCCCCCAAAUAAGCCGGAGUCAGUCUGCUGCAUACUACCCUGUGUCCAAACAUGACCUUGAGAGGGCAGUGGCAGCCUCCGCUCUGCCUCAGUGCCAAUUGGGCUCUCCGGAGAUCCCACACCUUGUGCGCAGACCUAUUAGUGCGAACACAAGUGACCUAAAGCAGCAUGUACCAACCCCCAGACCGCUGAUCCAUUCACAGAGUGUAAAUCUUCGCUUCUCUCCCUCCAGCGGUAAUAUCUCCUCAGGCUCUAGCUGCAAUCUCGCUCCUGGCUUCAGACCUUCCACUUCUAUGGCCCAAAUGGAAAUCCCAUUGCAGGUUGCGUACGACCGAAGCUUUGAUGAGCCAUCUGCCCUCUCUCCCUCUCAAAGCGGGCUCUACUCGGGUGAACCUGCUCGAUCCCGGACAACUCCGUUCAUGGGUGUGAUUGACAAGACUGCAAGGACUCAGCAGCAGUAUCUUCACCAGCCAUCCCGAGCUUGGCCUGUGUCAUCCCUGGAAUCGAUUAUCACUAGCCCCACAUCACCUGGCAAUUUGAUCCACCAGGCCUCCACUGCCUCUUACAGUCCACCCACAUCGCUAGGUAAUAUCGCCUACUACAAUAAGACCAAUAAUGCCCAGAAUGGACACAUGCUGGAGGAGGAGUUCUAUGUCCAGCCACAGCCCUCCUCUUUAGGCAAGCUUGCCAAUGGAGGGGCCCGCGAUCGAGACCUUCUUGAGCGCGUGAGCCAGAUGCCCACAUACCAGGAUGUUAAAGUGGCGCGGACGAUGCCCGUGGCUCAGGCCUACCAGGAGAAUAUGUACCGGCAGUUGUCCCGUGAUGCCAGACAAGGUCCCACCUCGCCCAUCAAACCAAAGAGACCCUUUGUGGAGUCAAACGUUUAAUAGGCACCCAUUAGGGUGGGCACAAAGGUGUGUGUGAAAAUGAAUGUUUGUGUCAGCUCUUGUGUGAGGGACGGUGUAGAUGCAGGAUAUUAAAAUCAGUAUUUUGUGUAGAACUACAUAGGAGAAAAUGCUUUUAAUAAACAUAAAAUACAAAUACCCGUGCCUACUUUAGGUCAACGCUAUCUGUUGGAAUAAACCUAGUUUUAAGAACUUGGGUGGUGGACAGGUUCCAAAUACCCGGACAGUGCCCUUUUAGAGUAUUAGAAUACAGUAUGUCAAAAUGAAAAACAUUCAUUAAAGCUCUGCACAUUUUAGGAAAGCACAUUUCUUGAUGUCCCAACGAAAGAGGCCUACAGUACAUGCAGAGAAAGAGUUUACCUUGCCAUCGUUUCCUGCACUAAAGUGUAGAAGAAACUGGGAAUCUGUGUUAAACUUAUUCCCACCCUCACUUAUCUCUUCCCAUUUAAGCUAAACUAAACUGCUACAGUAGGCUUUCUGGACAUCACAAUGUUGGGUUGUUGUUCAAUACUGUAAAAAGUGAAAAUGAUGUUUGGGUAAAUUUAAUAUGUAGUUACAGAAGGAAAAAGGAAUAUUUAUAUUUAAGUUAUAUAAUAUAUUAUGAUGUAUAGAAAUAUUGAAGCAGUUUUUGUGUCAGUUUUAGUUCGUUUUCUUUCAUUUUGUAUCUUUUGAGUUUGCUUUUUCGAAACAUUUUCAAUUGACUGGAGGUUGUUAUUUUAACAGUGAUUACCUUAGAAUUCUGGCUCACAAGCAGAAAUAUUGUGUCAAAUUAACAAUUGUAUAGUGGCAAUAAUGUUCAUUUAAUCAAUUUCUUUGUAAUAAGCUUGAUAUGCUAAUUUUCAAGUAACCCUCAUUUUGUCCUUAAUAUCAAGUGUCUUAUUUAAAAGAUUAGCUCAGUUUAUCACCAAACACUGGAAUGGCAGAAGUGCCAUAUUUCAAUGGAAGAAUGUAUUACACCAUCGUAGAUGCUACAUAUACUCUAGAGUAUGUAAAGUACACAAAAACAGUUUCAGGGCAGUUUGUGAGGUACUUGUAGUAUUUGAUCUCUUGUUUUAAGAAAUGAAAUAUUGCAUUUUCACAGAGACGCAUCAGUAUAUCAAGUAAAAUAUGUUUGUUUUAACUUUAAUUCAUAGUUUUGGUUUGCACUGUCUGUGACAUUCUAAAAAAAGAGAGCACUUUAUUCAUUGAUAAGGAUUGUUUGGGAAGCAAACAUCGGAGGGUUGGAGAGGCGGUUUUUGGAUCUGGGAUGGAACAUCCUUACUAACAUAUGUUCAGUUAACACUGGAAAAUGACCUGUGAUUAGUUGUACUACUAGAAAACAAAAUAGCAGUCAUUGUCCUUGGUGCAAUUCUGAUUUUUUCAAGCAAAUGAAUGAACAAUAAUAAUAUAAAAGAGCAAAAUUACGUUUUUAAAAAGAUAUAAAAUGUGUAUAUAACAGCCUUUAUAGAGCGCAGUGUAUUUGCUGUAUAUAGUGGCCAAAUGUGUUUAUGCAUACAAAAUCCUGCUCUCCUCUUCAUAAUAAAGCGUGAAAGGGACUUAAAACGAGCCUUAUGUGUCAAACACAGUACAGAGGCAUCACACACUCCCGAUAAGCAAACCAGCCAUUUUGAAAUAGUGUAUUUGUAGUGUAAAAAACAUAUUCAGCUAGUUUAUUUUGAAGUUCUCUGCUUCACAAUGCAAUAUUAUUAACACGCAGAGCUUAACUGUGGCUUCGGUCAGAUCUUCUCAAAAAUAGAGCGUCGGACUAAUAUCUAGAUCGCUUUUCUUAAAGCAAACCAUAUUCACAUUUCUACAGCUGUCAGUGUAAACCUGCUUUGAGAGAUCCCUCAUCUUCAAAUACUGGGAGGGAGAGUUAAAUUCAGAAAUAGCACCAACAAUCCCUGAUCAUACAGGACUCUGAGGGUCUUGUAGUUUUUUUAGUGUGUUAUUUUUGCUGUACAUAAUCUGACGCAUGACUGAUCCUCUAUUCCCCCUGAAAACACGCACACACAUCAACAAUUCUGCAGUAUGCCUCCAAAAGAGGGGAAACAAAACACAAAGGGUUGACAAAAAAUCUACACCAAACCCAACAGUAUAGAUGUGACAUUUACCUCUGAAGGCUUUGACCAUUAUUUUUUAUUUUUUCAGUUAGAGUUUUGAGUUGAUUUUAAUGUACUUGCUUGCUAAGCAGAGUUUCUCGUCUGUAAAUGUGAGCUUUCAGAGCGCUGUGACAACGUUUAACGACAUCAAUAAACCAGAAUGUGUUUUUAUCA